AGCUGGACCCCCUCCAUCCGAGCGCCCAUCUCCGGGAUCGCGCUGACGAUGGCAGCAGAGGGGCACUCCGACAAAAUGGCGUCCGACAUCGAAGUGCGUAUGAAGCAGUGGUGUGUGAUUGAAUUCCUGCAUGCGGAAAAAAUUGAACCCGUCGACAUUCAUCGACGGCUGCUGAACGUGUACGGAGACCAAACGGUGGAUGUGAGCACCGUGAGGCGGUGGGUGCCGCAGGGAAGGAUGAGCGACGCCGGCGCCAAGCCCAGCCCGCCGCUGGCCUCCAAAGGGGAGAAAGAUGCGGCAGAGAAGAGGGGACGGGGGCGGCCAAGGAAGAAACCGGAGGAUCCCAGCGAAGCGCCCACCCCCAAGAGACCCCGCGGCCGGCCGAAGGGCAGCAAGAACAAGGCCAGCUCCAAAGGCAGGAAAUCCUCAGUCGCACCAGGGAUGAAACCUCGAGGCCGACCCAAAAAACCGCAGCAGGACGAGGAGGAGGUGAACAUUUCCCAGGAGUCAUCUGAGGAGGAGCAGUGACCCCUCCUGAACCGCCGCUACCUCAUCAUCACCCCCCAGGACUGAGGGAGAUGGACGGGGCACAGCCCCUCCCCGGCAGCACCCGGCUUCCUCCUCCUCCUCCUCCUCCUCCUCCUCCUGCCCCGCUCCUUCCUCACCCCCCAACAACAGCAGCACUGGAACGCAGGGCUCAGCCCCACAGCCCUAUGGGGGGGACCCCCACCCCGCUCCCCCCAGCACAGUGGGGCAGCCCCACUCCCCCUCGCUGCAUCCCUGCAGUGCCCGGUUCGGGGUGACCCCUUUCCCCAUCGGUUCUGGUUAAUUUUUAUUUUAUUAUUUUUAUAUAUAUAUAUAUUAUUGUGUUUCGUUUUGGUUGGUUUUUCUUUUUUUUUUUUUUUUUUUUAAUCCUUUUUUGGUUGUCCUCUCAUUCACAACUACCUCUGGAUAUUUAAGUUCCACUCUUGGCUCACGGAGCACUGCUGUGCCGGUGUGGGGCAGCCGGGCAUCCUUUGCUUGGGGUCAUCAUCAUCUUUCUCUUUUUUUGGGGGGGUUGCAUUGCUGGGGGUUGCAGCAGGGGGGGAUUCUCCCCAGUUCAGCCGUUUGUUCAUUGUUUUUUUUUUCUACUGUUAACUUUCAAGGUUCAGUCACUGCUGCUCCUGGGUGGGGGCAUGGGGACACUGGGGGUCCCCCUGUGCCACCCCCACGGCUGCAGUGGGGCCAGGGGGGGUUCGGCGUCGGGUUCAGGGUGCUGCCAGUGUGGGGAAAUAAGGGGGGAUUUAUUACUGUUUAUUUUUUUGUUCCACUGUUAACGACCGUCUGGUUUCCUAUUUGCAGUUACUUGAAUAAAACGUUUUAUGGAAUAAAACAGUUGAUGCUCUGCUCUGGGAUUGAGCCUCCUAUGGGGUCUGGGGUUGAGCCCCGUGUGGGGUCUGCCCAUCACCACCGCCAUUGUUGUUACAGAGAAACGUUUAUUUGCCCCCCCCCCAAAGGAACUUGGGGUGUCCUGACCCCGCAAACACCAUAUAGGGCCAAUAGGAGCCCAUGGGUGCUCUGUGGGGCUGCACCUGUCUCACAGCCCCAGUGCAUUUCCCCACCCCAUCCUCAGUGCAUUUUUUUAGGGUGGUUUCAAGAAAAAGCAGCAGAAAAAUGUGCAGGAAGGUGGCAGGUGCCCUGUUACCAUCCGUGCUCAUGGGGAUGCUGGCGCUGCUCCCGGUGCUGUGCUGCCACUGCUGGGGGGAGCUGUGGGU